UCUACACACACACACACACACACACACACCAGCUCACUCCACACACACACACCAGCUCACUCCACACACACACACUAGCUCACUCCACACACACACACACCAGCUCACUCUACACACACACACACACACACACACCAGCUCACUCCACACACACACACACCAGCUCACUCUACACACACACACACACACACACACCAGCUCACUCCACACACACACACACCAGCUCACUCUACACACACACACACACACACACACUAGCUCACUCCACACACACACUAGCUCACUCCACACACACACACACACACACACCAGCUCACUCCACACACACACACACACACCAGCUCACUCCACACACACACACACACACCAGCUCACUCCACACACACACACACACACACACUAGCUCACUCCACACACACACACCAGCUCACUCCACACACACACACCAGCUCACUCCACACACACACACACACAUCAGCUCACUCCACACCUGCUCCACACUCAGCUUCAUCCUGGGAACCUACAGAACUAACAGGAAGUGUCGGCGGUCUGGGGAACCGGAAGGUCUUCAUCAGGAAGCUGCAGACUUCCACCUAGUGAAGGAGCGUUACCUGGCGGGAGGUGCGUUACCUGGCGGGAGGUGCGUUACCUGGCGGGAGGUGCGUUACCUGGCGGGAGGUGCUUUACCUGGCGGGAGGUGCGUUACCUGGCGGGAGGUGCGUUACCUGGUGAAGGUGCGUUACCUGGCGGGAGGUGCGUUACCUGGUGAAGGUGCGUUACCUGGCGGGAGGUGCGUUACCUGACGGGAGGUGCGUUACCUGGCGGGAGGUGCUUUACCUGGCAGAGGUGAUUUACCUGGCGGGAGGUGCUUUACCUGGCGGGAGGUGCGUUACCUGGCAGAGGUGUGUUACCUGGCAGGAGGUGUGUCAGGUAAAGGUGGAAGAUGUCCACCCCAAAGCCUCAUAAUGUCCAUCAUAAACCAAGUCUGCCUCCAAAACCAAGCCUGCAGUCACAAUGGGGGUCAAGCUCCGCCCCCUGGCCUGUCCCGCGGGAUUUGCGGAUCAAGCCAGGAAUGGUCAAAGAGCGAACACAGAGUCUGAUCAUCAGGGGGGAGGGGCUAAACAGAAAACCACCUGCCAUCAGUAAAACCCAUCAGCUGCCUGCAGGAACCGUCAGAGACCAAGUCCAGAAACUGGAUUUAGCCCCGCCUACAGGAAGCAAGCAGGUGGAGGAGAAAGGUCGGAGGGCGUGGAUGAAGGAUCAGGUGACCAGCCAUGUGGAACACGGGCGAUCAGAGCCUGAUGGAAGUGAGAUGGAGGACGGUGUGGGCGGAGUCAGGCUGGAAGAGGAGGGGUCAGUAACGCCCUCCUGCCCCCUGCAGGAGAAACACUGCCACUGCAUCUGCCACCUGCACCGGCCCGGCAUGAAGCUGAUGUGGGUUCCAGACGAUCACAGCAACAGUUCCCUGAAGCAGGGAGACCACAGAGUGACAUCAUCGAAACGACAGAUGGAUGGGGGUGACGCAGGAGUGAGCGGAGGAGUGAGCGCAAACCCAACAUACACGCACUCCAACUCUCCCACAGUGGCAGAGUGCAUUAACUGCCAGAGCUUCCGGAGACACCACGGCCGGCAGAGUGCGGCAGAGAGCGAGAGUCUGUACGAAAAGCUGGACGACCUCGUCCAUCGAUCCGCUCCCACAGCGCCCCCUGCAGAGACCCAUCACACACUGCAGGCUGACCAGCCCCCUGCUGAACAUCCUGAGGAGCCCCUUUACCUGGUGCUCCAGCCCUCCGACGAGCGUCCUGCCACGCCCCCCAUUCCGCCCCCCAGACCAGAUCUGCCACCACGCCCACAGUCAUCCCCACGCACCAAUCAGAAAGAGAGACGCGCCACCCAGCCAGUCCUUGCUUACGUGCUGUCCCCCAGAGGAGGCCGUCCACCAAUCAGAACCUCCAGCAGCUGUGAGAAGAGAAGUCCAGGAAAAACAAAGUUAGAGAAGAAGAAAAGUGAUAGAAGAGAUUCAGCAGACAAAACUGAGGUGAAGCAGGGCGGCAGGAAGAUUUCUAGUGAUUGGGUGCAGAACAGUGAUUACGAGCCGUUGUAUCAGAUCUAUCAGAAGAAAGCUGAAGCUGAGCUGCAGGGUGAAAGUCCUCAGGUUCACCGUCGGAGUCUGAGCGACAGUCUGGGCCUGCAGGACUCCGGCAGCAGGGGGCGCCACGGAGCCCAACUCACCAACAUUAAACUGUGGCAGGACCUUCCUGUAGUUCAGGAGAGCGGGAUACUGCCCACCCUCACCCACAACCAGCGCCAGCGACAGGAGUGUAUGUUCGAGGUGUUAACGUCGGAGGCGUCGUAUUUGAGAUCACUCCGGGUGCUCAGAGAUCACUUUCUCGGGUCGCGAGAGCUGGACGACACUCUCGUCAUCCACGACAGGAAGGUGCUCUUCUCCAACAUCCUGCAGGUGUACGAGGUCAGCGAGAGGUUCCUGCAGGAUCUGCUGGACCGGGUGGACGAGGGCGUGGUCAUCUCUGAUGUGUGUGACAUCAUCCACUGGCACGCCAAUCAGCAUUUCAGCGUUUACAUCGACUACGUCCGGAACCAGGUCUACCAGGAGAAGACCUACAGCCAGCUGAUGCAGUGUAACCGGGCGUUCUGUACGGUGAUGCGACGGCUGGAAGAAUCUCCGCUCUGCAAGCGACUUCCAUUCAGCUCCUUCAUGCUGCUGCCCUUCCAGCGAAUCACACGCAUCAAAAUCCUCAUACAGAGUAUUCUGAAGAGGACGACUGAAGGUUCAGCGGAGGAGGAGUCCGCCUCCAGAGCUCUGGCCGUCGUCUCAGAGAUCAUACGGGAGGCGAACACUCAGGUGGGUCAGAUGAAGCAGAUGGAGGAGUUGAUGCACGUGGCCAACAUUCUGGAGUUCGAUAAACUGAAGGCGAUCCCGCUAGUGUCCAAAACUCGUUGUCUGGAGAAGCAGGGCGAGCUGCAGGAGCUCGUCAAAGGAGCGUCACUCUUCGGCCAGCGCUUUCGCUUCACUCCUGUGUACAUCUUCCUCUUCAACGACCUCAUCAUCCUCACUGCCAGGAAGAGCGUAAGUCCAGAGCGGUUUGUGGUGCUGGAUCACGCCCACCGCUCUCUGGUGGAGGUCCAGCCUAUAGAGCCUUCUGGACCACAGCUGGACCACACCUUCUGCCUCACAUUGCUGGAGAACCACCAGGGAAACACCUGUGAGCACCUGCUGAAGGCCAAUACUGAGUCUGACCUGCACAGGUGGAUGGCGGUGUUCCCCUCCGUCUGUGAGCUCCAGCAGGAGAAGCAGGAGAAAGUGUACGAGGACUGGGACUGCCCACAGGUUCAGUGUAUCCAGCAGUACGCUGCUAAACAGGCAGAUGAGCUGAGUCUAGAACCCUGGGACAUAAUCAACAUUAUUCGCAAAACUAACGAAGGAUGGUACGAGGGCAUGCGCCUCUCCGACAGGGCGAGGGGGUGGUUCCCUCAGGAGUCUGUGGUCGAAGUGACCAAUGAACAUCAGAGACGCCGAAACCUCCGGGAGCAGUACCGGAUCAACAUGGCAACACGGCCAGACAAUCACAAAGAGGAAACGAAAUUAAAUCAAAAUUCUUAAUAGUUUUUUUUUGUUUUGCACAAUUAAUAUUCACCAGAAAAAUCUCUGAGAAUUGA